AAUAUCAAUAGUCAACUUAAAGUCUGAAGUCUCAACUCUCAACUCUUUAACUUCAAUGAAAUAAAAACCAAAAUACUAGUUAUUAAUUCCUGUUAAAGUGUUACUUUGUAAUUUGUUUAAACCUCUAAUCGCAAGUAAAACGUGGUAAACCAAAACAGGUUUUUUACUUAUCCCAUUGGACUCCAUACUAUACUGUUACAGUAACAUAUAAGUUUUCACAGUGAUCAUUUUGUGGAGAGAAUGGCCAAAUACUUUUUACUGUUAUUGCAAUUUCUAUGCCUUGCCUUGGCCUUACCUGUCGAAGAAAACACGAUACAAAUACAAAAUGCUAACAUAACAAACGAGUUAAUUAGUUUAGCUAAUAGUUGCGAAAACUUAUUCUUGAGCAAAUUAAUUAAAAGUCAGUUGGAAUACUGCAAAACAAAGCCAGGAUAUAAUCAUAUAAAUAUGAAUUGUUUAAUAUUUUAUGAAAUAAACAGUCAAUUAUGUACAGCAUUUGGUCGAUCAGAAAUAGAUCUAAAAUUAAAUUACACAAACAAAAUUAAUCUUACGUACAAUGCACUAACAUUAUGUGAUGAUGCAAAGGAAUGGAAAUCUAUUACACCACAAUAUAAAGCUAUUUUGGACACAUUAUUUAAAACAAAAGUAGUUUGUGUUAAAGUGUGUAGUAUUGACGAUACAUUUAGUGAAGAUUCAAACUUUUUCUGUAAAUAUUUCAAAUGGGGUACAGAUUUGCUAACACUACAAAAGAAGUCUAUGGCAGAAGUUGUUAUUACCAACGAACCACCUAACCUAGAUGUUUUUCCUGAAACCAAGUCUGAAGAAGCUAUAACAACAAAUAACGCUCCUAUUUCACAAAAUUUAAAUAAGGAGUCACAAGAACAUAAGGAUUUGUCUGAUAAAUCCACUAAGCAGGAAAUUCCUAUAAAAACUGAUGCAAUAAAGCAAGAUACAACUAAGAAGAGUCAACCAUUAGCAAAUAUAUCAACAACAAAAGUGGAAGAAAAGGAGCCAAAUAAGGAAAAUGAUGUACCACAAUCAACCUUAGUAUCCAACAAAAAACCCACAAACGUAGAAGAAACAUUGAAAGUUGAUGUUGAGAAGGAAAUUAAAGAUAUUGAGAAAGAAAAUGAUUUUAAACCAGUGGUUGAUAAUCCAAAUGGUAAUCUUGAACAGGAUUUGGAUGAUACAAACAAUGAUUUUGGAAAUGACCUUGAUUCAGAUGACGAUCCACUAUCGGAUGCAGACAAUAUUAAUGAUGGCAAUGAACUGGAGCCAAAAGUCGAGAAACCCUUAAAGGAGAAUUCAAGUAUCAAUAAAUUACCACACACAUCAUUUAUGGAUAUCCCGCAAAGAGAAGUGUAUCCGAAUGCAAUACAAGACACUAUUUCGGAAGAGGAUGACCACUUCUUUCCAUUCUUCCUGACAACCAUUAUUUUUGUGGUUCUGCUUUAUGUUCUAUAUCAUAACAAAAGCAGACUUACAAAACUGGUUUUGGGUCUCAUUGUAGAAGGGCGUCAAACGAAUCGCAGAAGAAAUAGCCGAGGUCAUGCAUAUAGACGACUCGACACUCUUGAGCAAGCAAUGAGUGCCAAUAGUACAGCGCCACCUAGUAAAAUUAUAUACUAAACAUAAAAUAGGUAUAGAAGUCGAGAACAUGAAGUUUCGAGUGCUUAUAGGCCAAACAUUUUUAUAGAUGUUUUAAAAACACCUACGCUUCGUAGAAACUACCAUUGGUAUUUUGAAUAUUGAUCCCUGGUUUUGCUCAUAGGAAACUGUAACCUUUGUAACGAGAGGUUUACGAUACGAACGACAUUUUUUUUGUGUUUAAGUUUAUUUACAAAUACCCUCUAUAAGUUUGCAAUAGAAAUUUUCCAUACAAAAAUUAUUAUUCAAAUAUAUUAAGGGAUUUUAGUGAGAAAAUGAAAAUUAAAUGUCAUAGGAUGUGUCAUGUGUCAAAGUCAUAUGUCAAGUACCAAGUACUCGAUAAACAUGUUGUGUGAAUAUUAAUUUAUUACAUAUUAACUGAAACCUUCAAUAGAUCUUGAUUGUACUCUCGUAAUAUGUUUGAAAAUAUAUUAUUUUUCAUUUUAUAACAUAAAUUAAUAUUGUAUAUGUAUAUAUCAGGGAAAAUGUUUUUACAGAUGUAGUCAGUAUGUAUUAAUUUUACUAUGGCAACUGUAUAAACGUGCGUUUCUCUUUUAAACAACCCUAUUGCCUUUUAAAAAAUAGCCAGUUGUAUCUAAUAAUAAAAAUUUAAAAAAAAACUCGAAUCAUAAUAAUUUUCUACGAUAUUGUUAGUUAUGGCGCAAAACUUAUACGUUUCUAGUCUUAUAUUCUUUUGCAUUAUUCUGCUUCAGCUAAAUAAUAUAAUCGUGCAUUUUCUAUCGUUUCAUAGAAAUGUUCGUAAUUAAUACUUUUUUUAUUGUUCGUUUUCGAAAUUCGUUUGAAGUAGUUUGGAAGUUUUGUCUAACGAAAGAAGGUUCUCAAUUGUAUGUUUUAGGAUGAGGUGCACUUUGCUUAUAAGGAAGUGAAAAGUACAAUAUUAUAGAUAUUUAAAAGAAUAUUCAAUGUUGUAUUAAGUAUGUAAAACCCGUUAAAUACUAUUUCAUAAGAUCGCGAAAAAGACGCCUUAAGCGAGAAUAAUGACAUUUAUCUUCGACGGUUGAAUAAUAUGAAAAUAUCUUUUAACGCUCUACGAAAACAUAAAAAUCAAUUAAUGGCUUGCCCAACU